UGUAUUUACAGUAACGUCAUCAGGACGCGCCAGACGUCAACACAGGAGCAUAAUGGCGGCGCCUCAGCCGAAGCAGGAGAAGGAGGGCGAAGAUUGCUCUUUACUGCCUUUAGUCCAUGAUAUAAUUAAAUGCAUGGAUAAGGAGAGUCAGGACGAGAGCCAGGAUGUGCACCAGGAGUUGAACAAGCUGAAGGCAAAAAUACAACAGGCCCGGGACCAGAUCUCCACUAUGCCCGGCAUAGAGAGCAGUCCCGUGGACCAGCAGCAGCAGCUGGAAACGCUGAGGGAGCAGGUCCACACCAAGAACCAGUUGCUGCAGAAAUAUAAGAGCCUCUGCAUGUUUGACGUGCCUAAAGCAUCUUGAAGGAUCUUCAAUUAAGAUUCUGGAAGAUCUCAUCCUCUUGGAUGGAACACUCGAGGACAUCCAUCCAUCCAUUUUCUACGGCUUGUCCCUUUCGGGGUCGCGGGGAGAAGCUGGAGCCUAUCUCAACUGCAUUCGGACAAUACGGACUAAAUGGAUGGAACGCCAUUGUGGCGCAAUUGUAUUCGGACCACAUCGAUAAUUAUUAUGUAUGUUUUGUAUUGCAUGUGCACAAUUUGAGGGAUUUUCACAUUUAUUUUGUAUUAAAGCUGCAAAAAAAAUAGUGCAUUCUUUUCUGGGCAUUGGUAAGUCUUUGAGGAAGCAGAGCAAACCAUUCAAGUUAUGGGAAUUUUCUUCAGUUUUGCGUAUGUAAGUAUUGAAUGCAUGUAAACAACGGUCGUCAUGCUCAGCCCAGCCCUACAGACACCAGGCUUAGAAUAGCGACUACUAAUUAUGUAGUUAUUUGAGCAGUGCUAGCCAAUGAGCUAACUGCCACGGGUUGACAGCUCAUUGUCCAGCACGGUUCUACACUUUCCACAGCUGCACAAGCUAGCAUCUUUUACCUGCAGGAAAGCUGUUAUUUACACCCGCUCAACAGAAAGAUGUGUAUCAAAUCAUGCUUUUGCAAAGAUAAUGCGUAGCUUUGAUGUACACCAGUGGUCCCCAAACUACGGCCCGCUGGCCGAAUAGGGCCCACCAGCGUCCAAAAUCCCGCCCGCAAGAAGUCUCAAGUUUUUUUUUAAUGUGUCUGACUGCGUCUGUUAGCUACCUGCUGGAUCUACUCUAUUUUAUGCUGCCCUUUUUUUUUUUUUGCUGCAGCUGUUGCAUACACUGUAAUAUUGUACAUCAGGGGUGUCCAACUCAUUUGAGCUCAGGGGCCGCAUGGAGGGAAAUCUGUGCACACGCAGGCCGGACUAUUAAAAUCAUGGCAUUAAAACUAAAAAAUAAA